UUGAGUUAGGAUCGCACAUUCAAACCAUUAUGUAGCUGUCAAACAUUGUAAUCAAAACAUAUAAACAAAUCGCACAUUUGUUUCCCUAUUCUUUUCUUGUGCUGGAACAUCGCAAGCAAUGGAUAAAAAAAUCGACAAAAAUUUACAUCGUUUAGAAAAAAAAGCCAUACUUGAGGCGGAAAAACGAAAUAAGCCGGGCGAAUGUUUGAAGUACGUUCAAGCGAUCAUCGAUGAAGAUCUAACGAAUGAGAUGAUUGGAUCAAAAAUUCUGGCCUCAGCAAAUAUAGGUUAUAAACUGGUUAAUGCUCCCAUUCCCAGAACAAUUUUUUGGCAACGUUCUGUUCAGCAAACAUUGAAGGGGACAAACAAUGAGAUGUGCUUGGACGAGAAAUACCAAGAUGAAGAUAUUUUGUUACACAUAAUGACAGCUUCUGAGCUCAAUUCAUACAGCAUCAGUCAUAAUCUGGUCGAUCAUAUCAAAACAAUUGCUGAUAUUUAUCCGGGAAAAAAAUUGUCGUUAAUGAUAUUCGGUCUGAAGGAGUAUUGUCGUAAUAAUCGUGCAAAUAUUGGUCGAACCGCUUUUGAAACAGCGCUGACUGAACUACAAUUACUACAUAACAUCAGCCAUCGACUGUUGGAUACUGCUGAAGAUGUUGCCCAAGUAUUCUUACAGUUUAGCAAAAGCAUCGCCGAAAAACCAUACAAAAAAGAGCGCGAAGAGAAAAUGUCGGGACAAAAUUUUUAUUUGGCAAAUGACAACAAAGACUGUGUACGAGUUAAGGAUAAUAUCGGCUUGACGAAUUUGUGGAAAAAUCAUUUGUGUAAAUUUCCAACGGUCACACUGGAUACGGCUGAAGCAAUAAUUCAAAAAUAUCCAACUGCUUCCAAAUUGAUUGAGGCCUAUGAAUCCAAUAAUGCAAAUGGCCCAUUGCUUUUGGCCGAUAUACCAAUUCGCAGAUCAGCAAUCGGACCAAUAAGCUCAUCCCGGAAAAUUGGCGCUGAGCUCAGUCGAAAAAUACAUUCAUUUUACACACAAUCGAUUGCGGAUUUUGUACUUCAAUAAUAAUUGUGCAUGCAACGAAAGAAAAAAAAUGCUUGUUGACAAUUCAAAAUGUUCCAAUUGCAUGUCGCAACGCCAUCACUCGUCAUAACAUUGAACUUUUACCCUAUUGAGUAUUUUGUUAUAUUCCGUAUAAGAGUGUAGCGUGAUAUGCACAUUCUCUUAUAAUGGAAUAAAUCACGUAGAAUUAUAUUUCC